CGCAGGUCAUGACGGCCACGGAGGGGGUGAAGCAGUCCGUUGGCGCCAUACUUUUAGGAUGCCUGAUAUCGUGCGCCCUUUCCGGAAUUGUCGCUACAGAGACGUUCAUGUACUUCCGCUUGUACCGUAAGGAUCGUCUCACAAUAAAAGCGGUGGUUGUCCUUGUCUGGACGUUGGACGCUGUGCAUACUGUUCUUGCAUGCGAUGGACUAUGGGACUCGCUCAUUCUGAACUAUGGCAACCCGGAAAUGGUCGACUUCAUCCCUAGAGGAAUAGGCUUGACGGUUGCGUUCACUGCCAUCGUAACGUUCAUCGUGCACCUGUUCUUUUCUUGGAGACUGUUCAAAUUGAGCAAAGGAAACUGGUUCCUUGCCACCCCUCUUGCUUUACUGGCACUGGCACGGCUAGUGGCUGCUCUAGUAUCUACGAGCGAAAUGCUCCGCGUGAAAAGCUUCUCCGCGUUCGCGCAUAAUCUCGGGUGGUGCUUUACUUUAGGGCUAUCAAUAUCCUGCGCUGUCGACGUCCUCAUAGUCCUCUCGAUGUGCUUCUACCUUCGGACAAGUAGGACCGGAUUCAAGACGGUGGAUCACAUCAUUGAUAUGAUCAUGCUGUAUACGUUCAACAAUGGCUCGAUCACCUGUGUUGCCACAGUCCUGUCUCUCAUCUUCUGGUUGACAAUGCCCGACAAUCUCAUCUUCUUUGGCCUGCAUUUCACGAUCACGAAACUAUACGCUAUCUCACUGCUCUCGACGCUCAACACUCGAAAGUCCCUUCUUGAAUGGUCCCAUCCUUCCACAGGCGACAAUCAUGAGAUCUCUUUACCUAUUCGAUUCCCGGGAUCGAUUGGUAGCAGGGCAGACAGGACUAGGUUUGAAGAGUCGCUACGGCUCGACGAUCCUACCGCUACACAUGUCUCCAUCAACGUAGAGAAGACGAUUCAGUACGAUAUCUCGGAUGCUAGGGACGUCGACGCAGAAGCUGGAGAUCCUUCAGAGCCCCGUGUAUCCAUUACCACGAAUGCGUCGACAUCUAGGUCUGGUUUUAGGCCGGACAAAGCACGAGCCUCUGUCUGACUAUCAGUCUUUUGUAUACGUGCACGGGCCGCAUUUGUACCUCUUUAUUUCUAUGUCCGUUAUCUCGUUUUUUGAUAAAUGAUUUCCUGACCUUUUCACUCGC